AUGUUUCACUCCAAAUAUGACUUUUUGCAGUACCUAAAUGGUACUAAGGACAAUGUCGUUUUCAUGUUGAAGAAGCUGUCUUUGUCACGCCACGGUACGCUUGGGUUUUGCCAAUACAGUAACCAAUACAUGCUCUGUGACAAACAUCUGAAGGAGACACUCACCGAUGAAGGUUUGUGUUACACCUUCAAUAUGAUGCCGGAAGAGGACAUCUUUCGCAAAAGCUCACUCCACACGGACUAUACGUACACGGAGAGUUGGUUCUCUAUCUCGGAACAUGAAUCACUGGCACCACUGUACGCCCGUGGCGCAGGAUUGCAUGCCGGACUUACAUUGUUCCUGCGACAAAUCAAGGAAGAUGUGGACUACAUGUGCACGGUAUACCAUACAGACGGCAGAUGCCAUGCUAAAUCCAGAAAUGAAUAA